UUUCACAAAUAGAAAAAAUUAAAAACAUUAAAAUAAUUAUUAUCAACAAAAUGAGUCAAGAAACGAAAUUUAUCGACUUCAUUGUCAAGACUCUAAGAGUUGUCCUAUCUUAAGUAUUUGUCUGCUGCUGCUUCUAUGAAUAACAAAACAAUGCAUUGAGAUAAACAAAGCAAGGGACUCCUGGUUAAAAAAAUGGCACUACUAUAAAUACAAAUAGCAAUUUCAAAAUUGCAUCAGUCCUUAAGGUGAAAUUGUGAGAGAAGGAGCAAACUAACUUCUUAAAGAUGUUGGGAAAGGCAUUAAUUCUGUUAACUGUCGUUAUUAUUGCGAACUCAGCGGAAAUGUCAUCGUCAUAUGCGAUGUUAGAAAAGCAAGCGAAUUUCAAGCCAGAUUUGAAAACUGAGCCAGUAGCAAAAUCUACGAGAGAUGAAGUUUUGGAACCGGUACGUCAUCCAAUAUUCAGAGCUGAGGAACAUAAUAAUAGGCGGGCGAAGAUUGAACCAGUAAGACCAACGGGGCCUGUGAUAAAACACGAUAGAAUGUUGUCCGACCAACCAUCAGACGUAUCAACGGAAGUUAAUAGAAUCGAUAAUCUUGCCAUUCCCGGUUAUGGUUACGUACCAAAUCCUGUGGAAGUUGCAUAUCCCGAUAUCCCUUAUGCCCCUGGAUACAACUACGAUAAUGGAUACUCUGCUUCUAACAGCUACGAUAUGUACGGCAAUAGUCCAGGUCCGUACUAUGGAGAGCCAGACGUAUCACCAUUCAGUAUGUUAUGGGGUCAAGUUCCAGAUUCUAGGACUAUCGUCAGCUACGUCGGUAGAACAAUAUCCUGGGUCUUCAGCAGUUUCUUCGUGCUCUUUCUCGGUUCUCUUAUUACCAUUGGAGUUUGUACUUAUACGGACCUAUGUGUUAUUCAUUUCAAUGGUGUUGGCCCCAUUCACGAGGAGAUGAGGUCAAUUAUUACCCCGGAACGACUGGAGAAAAUAAGCAAUGCCGCCGAUUUUGUAAAAACCGCUAUCAAUAAGUAUCAAAAGAUUCAGACUGUAGCUGACGUAGCGGCAAGUAGACGACGUCGUUAGAUAAUGUUUUAAAAUAAAUACUUAUCCUGAGUAGGUAAUGUUAUCAUUUUUAAAUUAAGUUUUUUAUGUUAAACAGAACUUAAAUAAAACAAAAUUAAUAUAAAUACUUUUGUGGUUUUAUUCAUAAUUUAAAUGAUUUAUAGGAUUUAGUACCUACUUAAUAAAUAUGUUGAUUUUUAUGUUACAAGAUGAAUUUGUUUUCUGUGCAUAAUUAUUUUCCUAUGGUUUACUAUCGAUAAAUAUAAAACAUAUACCUAUAUGAAGUUUAUGUAAAUUAUUUUGAAAUUGAUUUAUUUUUUUAAUAAUAUUAACAAUUACAUGUGUACUUUAAAAGUAAUGAACAAACUGUACCUACAGUUGACAAAAAAGUGCAUGAAGUUUCGUGUACAGUACGGAAUCAUAAGAAGCAACGUAUUUUAAAACAUUUUUUCUUUUUUUUCCUGAUGUUAGCGGGUUUUUUUUUACUUGCGAGAGAAAAGGAUGGCAAUUAGGUUCAGCGUGACAAACAUGAGUGCACUGAUUACAGUUUUUUUAAAUUUACUCAUUUAUUAAACGUUGCUAUUUAAAAAUUAAAAACAAAAUAUAAUUCAGUGAUUAAUAUACAUAUCACUUUAUUUAUCACACUUUGCUUAUCACAAGCUUAGAAUGUGAACCCAAAAAUAGGAUGAACAAACUUGAAAUAAUAAAAAUAAAAUCAAAUGUUAUAAAUAAAUAAUUUAAUGAUCUCUUUGGUUUUAAAACUUAUAACAUAAAUUAUUUCACUAGGUAUGUA